CCCAAAACGAGGAGCCCGGAGCGGAGGCUCGAAGCGGAGCUCGAGGCCUUCUCCCGGACCAACAACGCCCUGGCAGCGGCGGUGGAGAGGCUCAGAGGUGUCCUGGCUUGCUCCCCGGAGGAAGACCUGGGGGGAUACCAGAAAGCGAGCGUGACCCUGGACCCGGCCACCGCUCACCCCCAGAUCCUGGUGUCACCGGACGGCCGCAGCGCCCGGCGCCGCAAAACCCCUCGGGAACCUCCUCCGAGGAGCUCCGAGCGCUUCGAGGCUCUCCGCUGCGUCCUGGGCCGCCAGGGUUUCACCGGAGGACGGCAUCGUUGGGCCGUGGAGGUGCUCCCGGGGCCCGACUGGGCUCUGGGGGUGGCUCGGGAAUUCGUGCCCCGCAAGGGAUGCUUCGGGUUGAGCCCCGCCAGGGGGGUCUGGGCAGUGGGGCAGUGGUUGGGGCAGCUCAGGGCGCUCACCUGGCCCAGCCCCACGUCUCUGCCCCUGGCCCGGGUGCCGAAACGCAUCGAGGUGGCCCUGGAUUACGGAGGGGGGCGGGUGGCUUUCCGCGACGCCGACAGCGAGGCCGAGAUCUUCGCCUUUCCCCCGGCGGCGUUCGCCGGAGAGAGGCUCCGGCCCCUGCUGUGGUUGGGAGAGGGGCCGGCUCUGCUCACGUUUUGCCCCUAAAAAUCCCCC